AUGGAGCUCGGAAGAUCACUGAGAUUAGUAAAGGUGGAGAGCAAGAUAAAGCAAGAUAGCGUUAAUGAGAAAGCUGAGAUAUUUAGCCAGGAACAUAAAGCUGGAGAAGUUAAUGAGGGAGAUAAAGCUGGAGAAGUUAAUGAGGGAUAUAAAGCUGGGGAAGAUAAUGAGGGAGAUAAAGCUGGAGAAGUUAAUGAGGAAGAUAAAGCUGGGGAAAUUAAUGAGAAAGAUAAAGCUAGAGAAAAAGAUAAAGCUAGAGAAGUUAAUGAGGAAGAUAAAGCUAGAGAAGUUAAUGAGGAAGAUAAAGCUGGGGAAGUUAAUGAGAAAGAUAAAGCUAGAGAAGUUAAUGAGAAAGAUAAAGCAAGAGAAGUUAAUGAGGAAGAUAAAGCUAGAGAAGUUAAUGAGGAAGAUAAAGCUAGAGAAGAUAAUGAGGGAGAUAAAGCUAGAGAAGAUAAUGAGGAAGAUAAAGCUAGAGAAGAUAAUGAGGAAGAUAAAGCUAGAGAAGAUAAUGAAGAAGAUAAAGCUAGAGAAGAUAAUGAGGGAGAUAAAGCUAGAGAAGUUAAUGAGGAAGAUAAAGCUAGAGAAGAUAAUGAAGAAGAUAAAGCUAGAGAAGAUAAUGAGGGAGAUAAAGCUAGAGAAGUUAAUGAGGGAGAUAAAGCUAGAGAAGUUAAUGAGGAAGAUAAAGCUAGAGAAGUUAAUGAGGGAGAUAAAGCUAGAGAAGUUAAUGAGGAAGAUAAAGCUAGAGAAGAUAAUGAAGAAGAUAAAGCUAGAGAAGAUAAUGAGGGAGAUAAAGCUAGAGAAGUUAAUGAGGGAGAUAAAGCUGGAGAAGUUAAUGAGGAAGAUAAAGCUAGAGA